GGGGAGCGGCUUAACGACUGUUGCUCCUGAGCCCCAGGCUAGGAGGGGGAAAUGGCGGGAGAGGGUCCCGGAAGCGGGGAGGGGGUCUCUCCGCUGAAGCAGUGCCUGAUCCGGCGGAAGAGCCAGCAGGAGCACCACGGGGUGGCGGCCUCCUGCCUGCGGGAGCUGCGGAGCAAGGCCUGUGACAUUCUGGCCAUUGACAAGGCCUGGGAGCCCAUCACCUUAGUUCUGGCAGAGGAUGGCACCAUUGUGGAUGAUGAAGAUUAUUUCCUGUGUUUACCACCCAACACCAAGUUUGUGGCACUGGCCAGGAAUGAAAAGUGGACCAGCAGCUACACAGAUGGGGGCACAGCCUGGCUCUCAAGGGAGUCCAUAGAUGAAGUGGACUGUGGUGAAGAGAAGUGGAAGCAUCUGGCGAGACAGCUGAAGGAUGACCUGUCCAGCAUCAUUUUGAUGUCUGAGGAAGACCUCCAGGUUCUCAUUGAUGUACCAUGUUCAGACUUGGCCCAGGAGCUUUCCCAAAAUCAACCAAAAACCCAGAUGUUACAGGAUACCCUGCAGCAGGCGCUGGACAGACGAGAGGAAGAACGCCAAUCCAAACAGCUCCUGGAACUCUACAUGAAGGCCUUGAAGAAUGAAGGCAGCAUUUUAACUAAGGCAUCUGAACCUGAUGCUGCACCCAGGGAGGAGAUGAAUCUAGUCGACACUGAUAGCAGCAGUGCAGGUGCCUCCACCAAAAGACCACUCAGUAGCGAGAUCCUUGUUGCACUGAAAGAGAAACCUGCCCCAGAACUCAGCUUAGACAGUCAGGAUUUAGAGCUGGUUUUCAAGGAAGACACAGAAGCCUUGGCUCUGGCACUGAGCUGGGAUAAGGAGAAGACUGAAGCUCUCCAGCAGGCCUGUGAUCAGGAGCUCUCGAGGCGCCUACAGCAAGUGCAGGCUCUACACUCCCUGAGGAGUAUAUCAAAGGGCAAGAAAAAGCUGCCCUGGGGAGACUGGUUGAGUUCAAAACGCAAGAAAACUUGAUUGAUUGACUAUAGACCUACCACAGCAUGACUUCCAGAGUACUCUGAAAAAAAACAGGUAUGGCUGCUUCCUACAAACAAGGUAACAAUUAGACUCACACUUAAUCUAGGACAAAACACUUUACCUGAUACAGACACAAAAUAAAUGCAGCUUAUUCAGAUUUUCCAGAUGUUUUGGACCUACUUUUCUUACUCAUCUAGCAUUUAAAACACUCCCAGAUGUUUGCCUUGCGUAAGUUUGAGAUUCAAGUUUGGUUGAUAAAGGUGACUAGUAUUGCUAUAAUAUAUUUAGACUUCUGUAAGGCAUUUGAAUUGGCAUUGUCCAACAUUUUGAUUUUAAAAAACUAGAGUGUUACAAAAUUAACAUAGUAAACAUUAGUGAAUUAAAUUGGCAGAUAGGUCUUAAAAAUGUAAUUGUAAACAGGGAAUCGGCGUGGGUAUGCAUGCAGUGGGGUCCUACAGGGCUUCAUUUUUGGCCCUAUGCUAUUUAAUAUUUUUAUCAGUAACCUGGAAAAAAACAAAAUCAUGACUGAGAAAGUUUGUAGAUGACCCAAAAACUGUGGGAGUGGUAAAUAACAGAGAGGACAGGUCACUGAUUUAGAGUGAUCUGGAUCUCUUGGUAAACUGGGUAAAGGCAAACAAUAUGCACUAUAAUAUGGCUUAACUGUAUAUGUCUAGGAACGAAAAAUGUAGACCAUACUUACAUGAUGUAGGACUCUAUCCUAGGAAGCAGUGAGAGAAAAAGAUUUGGGGAUUGUAGUGGAUAAUCAGAUGAAUAUGAGCUCCCAAUGUGAUGCUGUGACCACAAGAGUUAAUGUAAUAACUGGGAUGCAUAAACAGGGGAAUCUCAGGUAGGGUAGAGAGGUUAUUUCACUGCUGUAUUUGGCACUGAUGUGACUACUGCUGGAAUACUGCCCCAGUUCUGCUGCCCAUAAUUCAAGAAAGAUGUUAAUAAAUUGAAGCGGGUUCAGAGAAGAGCCAUGAGAAUGAUGAAAGGAUUAGAAAACAUCUUAUGGUGAUACUCAAGGAGCUCAAUUAUUUAGCUUAACAAAGAAGAUUAAGGGGUGAUUUAAUUACAGUUUACAAGAAUCUACAUGGGGAACAAAUAUUAGCUCUGCAUUCUAGCAGAGAAAUGUAUAAAAUGAUCCAAUGGGUGGAAGUUGAAGCUAGACAAAUUCAGACUAGAAACAAGGUGUACAUUUUUAAAAUUGAGUACUUGAUAAUUGGAACAAUUUACUAAGUGGUGGAUUCUCCAUCACUGACAAUUUUUAAAUCAAAAUUGGAUUUUUAUAACUGAAAGAUAUGCCAUAGGAAUUAUUUGGGAAAAUUCUAUGGCCUGGGUUAUACAGGAGGUCAAACUAGGUGAUCACAACAGUCCCAUCUUGCCUUGGAAUCUAUGAAGCUUACUUUUAAUUUAUACUAAACAGUAAUGUGUCUCAUGUAUAGGUUAAUGUUGACACAAAAAGCACACUACUGGUAGUUGUAACAGCAUUAAAGAAAGAUACAAGUGCAGAUAUUAGAAAAAAACAACACAAACUAGGUCUUCCAAGAAAACUUUAAGAGAAGUGAAAAGUCUUUUCCAGAGCAAGCUCUACAGUAAUAUAGUAUAUAGUAGGUGGUUGUACUAGAUAAUGGUAUGAAUAACUUAAGGAACAAGAAUUAAAAAAAAGCAUGAUCCUUGCAGCUCCUCUAUAGAUAAUGCCAUUGUAACUAUUUAUUAAACCUGCUCAUGCAGUCCCUCCUCCCCUUAGAGGAUUUUGGGAAAAUGAGAACUGCAGGAUCAGACCAAAAGUUGUUGGGCAGUUGACAGUCAGCCUUUUAUCUGAACUGUAGUGCAAAUAGUAACAACUUAGUACUUUUCAAGAAGCUCAGUCCUUAUGUUUGCGCUCCAUUUCAAUCACAGAAUUAUUUUUAUCUACAGUUCUAUUCAAUUUUUAUUAGAGAAUGAGGAUGGGGAGAGUCUAACUACACUUAUUACAAAGAGACAGUGUUGGUUCACGUCAGAGACCAUAUUCAUCCUGAUUGAGGCAGCUGUUGCUAAAGUCACUCUAAAAUAGAUCUUCAGGAAGCUAUUUUGUUAGCA